UCCUAUAACUGAGUUUCAACUCAAAAAAUUUCCAAAUAUUAAAAAGAAAUAAAAUCCCAGUGGAAUUGAUUGAGGAUUUCCUCAAUUUAACAUCUCAUGGAAAAUUCAUCCGUUACCCAGCUUCAUUUGGCAAAAUAAUCUGAAUAAGUGCAACAAGAUCUUCUGAUUUAUUUUUUUUGAUAACCGCCUAAAAAUGGCUAAUAACGCUCCCAAGACGAAAAAGCCUUGUCUGAUUACGUGCACGGGCAAGUGCAAUCCGUUUCGAGUAGGCAUGGAACCAAAACCCUGUUUAACCGGCGAACCAACAUGGAAAAAACUGGUAGAAUACUUCGAUAAGAAGGGUAGCAAAUUCCACAUAAGGGAUUUGUUUGAAAAAGACGCCUGCAGAUUUAGUAGAUUCAGUUUGAAACUUACCACUCCAAAGGAUGGAGACAUUCUCAUUGAUUACUCUAAAAACCGCAUUGAUGAGGAAGGUUUGAAAUUGUUCUUCCAAUUAUGCAAAGACAGAAAACUACUGGAGGCGCGACAGUGCCUUAUGAAGGGAGCGAAAAUGAACUUCACCGAGGGUCGACAAGUGCUCCAUUCUGCCUUGAGAAACAGGGAUCCUGAGAACAAUCCUAUCAUCGUUGAAGGCAAAGAUAUUAUGCCUGAUAUAUACGAGGUAUUGGAUCAUAUGAGGGAUUUUUCUGAAAAAGUUAUAAGUGGAGACUGGAAAGGGUACACUGGUAAACAAAUAACUGAUGUGGUCAAUAUCGGUAUUGGAGGCUCGGAUUUGGGCCCCCUUAUGGUCACUGAAGCUCUGAAGCCUUAUUCCACUGGACUGAAUUGCCACUUUGUGUCGAAUGUGGACGGCACCCACAUAGCUGAGGUUCUGAAGAAACUAGAACCUGAGACCACUCUGUUCAUAAUCGCUUCAAAAACAUUCACUACUCAGGAGACGAUCACUAAUGCCAACACUGCCAAGGAUUGGUUCCUUCAGAAGGCAUCAUAUGACGGAGCGAUUGCUAAAAAUUUCGUGGCAUUGAGUACCAAUGCCGAGAAAGUUAAGGAAUUUGGAAUAGACGAGGAGAACAUGUUUGGCUUCUGGGAUUGGGUUGGUGGCAGGUACUCCCUUUGGUCUGCCAUCGGUCUGAGUAUUUGUUUGUCAAUCGGUUUCCAUAACUUCGAGAGACUUCUAGACGGUGCUUACUUUAUGGAUCAACAUUUCAUGAAUGAGCCUCUUGAGAAAAAUGCCCCCGUCAUCCUGGCUUGUCUUGGUAUCUGGUAUUCCAAUUUCUUCGGAGCUGAAACCCAUGCAUUAUUACCAUACGACCAGUACCUCCAUCGCUUCGCUGCAUACUUCCAGCAGGGUGAUAUGGAGAGCAAUGGAAAGCAUAUAACCAGGGCAGGAAAUACUGUCAAUUAUCAUACUGGUCCCAUAGUUUGGGGCGAACCAGGCACCAAUGGUCAACACGCCUUCUACCAGUUGAUCCAUCAAGGAACUCGUCUGGUACCAGCCGACUUCAUAAUGCCCGUAAGAACCUUUAAUGCUAUCGGAAACCAUCACACACUCCUUUUAUCGAACUUCUUGGCCCAAACAGAAGCUCUUAUGAAGGGAAAGACGGAAGAGGAGGCCAAGAAAGAACUGGAAGCAACUAAGAUUAGACCGGAUGAGCUGAAAAAACUACUUCCUCACAAGACUUUCGAGGGUAACAGGCCCACCAAUAGUAUCCUCGUGAAAAAGUUCACGCCUUUCACGCUAGGGGCGUUGAUUGCAAUGUAUGAGCACAAGAUCUUCGUUCAAGGCAUCAUAUGGGACAUCAAUUCUUUUGAUCAGUAUGGUGUUGAACUUGGUAAACAAUUGGCUAAGGUUAUCGAGCCUGAACUUUCGAACGACGAUGAAAUCACUACACAUGAUUCAUCUACCAAUGGUUUGAUAAGUUUCAUCAAAGAAAACAGGCUGAAAGAAGGAGAAAUAGAUGAGGAAGAUGGUGAGGGAGAAGGAGGUGGCGGAGGGGAUGUUCCACCAGAAGAGGCCGGAUAGACAAAAAUAAUAUAAUUUUUUGUAUAUUUCUGAUGUUUUUUGAAAAAUAUGGAAUUUUUGUAAGAAAUAUAUUGUGCUCCCAGAA